AUGGUACCGUACCCAUCUCAGCUUACCUCCAUGUUUCCCACAUUAUGCAUACUGAUGUAUAUAGCACUUGGCCUUUCAAUGGUGUCUUUACUUUGCUUCAUGGUUGCUUUCUUACUAGUACGAAAGGAUGACUACUCCGGAAAAGUUAAAUUCCUACUUCAUCUCAUUGCUGGUUCAUCACUCCUAAUUGUUCUUCUUGUUGUUGUUACAAUUGCUCUUGCUGGAUCUAACCUAGCCUUCAAUGUGGCGCUCGGUUAUUCGGUGUGGUUUUGUGUGGCAUCCGCUAUCAUAUCAGCUGCAAAUGCAUUGAUAUCUGAGUAUAUUGUGGGAAAGAAGUUCGAUUGA